AUGUUUGAUCAGUUUCAUUUUGUUUCGUUAUUUUUAAAGAUUCCCUUUUUCUUUUUAUUUCUUCUUUUAUUUACCCAUGCAUCUCCGAUAUCUUUAACCUAUGACAUUUUCAUACUAUUCAAUCUAUCUAUCUAUCUAUCUAUCUAUCUAUCUAUCUAUCUAUCUAUCUAUCUAUGCCUGAUUUUUCUUUCUGUGUUUGCUAGAAAUAAUCAUGUACAUAUGCUAAAACUUAACCAUACCUGGAAACGCCCUUACUGGGGAUACCCAGUGCUUCUUGUUUGGAUGAAGACCUGUUCUGUCUUCGAGCAAGACAGAGCAAAAACAGAGGCAGAUGAUAUAAAACACAUCUAUCUAUCUAUCUAUCUAUCUAUCUAUCUAUCUAUCUAUCUUCUUUAUCUAUCUUUAUCUAUCUAUCUAUCUAUCUAUCUAUCUAUCUAUCUAUCUAUCUAUCUCGGUCACUUCUUUAUCUAUCUAUCUAUCUAUCUAUCUAUCUAUCUAUCUAUCUAUCUAAGAAAUAAAUCUAUUUCUUUCUUUCUUUCUUUCUUUCUUUCUUUCUUUCUUGAAUCUAUCUAUCAGUUUAUUCGAUAUAUAUCAGUCAUUAUUUAUUCGAUCUGA